UUAUUAACUAACCAUUAAUAAAUUAUUAUUAAAUAAAAAACAGUAAAAAACCGUAAAUCAACCAUACACACCGAGUACUACAGAAAACCGAGAGAAACAGGAACACCAUGGACCAGGAGAACUUCCACGGGCACAACAGCCUGCCGCAGCAGCUACAGAAUCUGCACCUUCAGCCGCAGUCGAUCCAAAAUCCCGUCCAGACGGGAUUCGCUCCACGGCGGCAGUACGAUAACUUGGGUGCCCUAGGCAAUGGCAAUCCUGUCGCCGGUGGAAGUCCGGUCAAGGGUGCUCCGCUGGGGCAGCGACCGGUCAAGAUUAAGAAAGAGAAGGUGGUGGCCCAGGUGGCGCAGCAUUCCCAGUCGAGCCAACUGCAGGUGUUGGAACUGGGUGAUCCUGUUUCAGGGGUUGUGGGACCAGGAGUACCCGGAGCAGCCGGUCUGAUUGGGGGCAUCCUGCCCAGCGAUGAGGCCCUGAAAUUUGUCAGCGAAACAGAUGCCAACGGGCUGGCCAUGAAAACGCCCGUGAGCAUUCUGCAGGAACUGCUCAGCCGACGUGGCAUUACACCGGGCUAUGAGCUUGUCCAAAUCGAAGGAGCCAUACACGAGCCGACCUUCAGGUUUCGCGUGUCCUUUAAGGACAAGGACACGCCCUUCACGGCCAUGGGUGCGGGUCGCUCGAAGAAGGAGGCCAAGCAUGCGGCGGCCCGUGCGCUCAUCGACAAGCUGAUCGGCGCGCAGCUGCCGGAGUCACCGAGCAGCUCCGCCGGUCCAUCGAUGACUGGGCUCGCGGUUGGCGGAAACGGAGGAGACGGCAAUGCCAAUGCCACUGGCGGGGGAGAUGCCAGCGACAAAAUCGUGGGAAACCCAAUUGGCUGGCUGCAAGAGAUGUGCAUGCAACGGCGAUGGCCGCCACCAUCGUACGAAACGGAAACGGAAGUGGGUCUGCCCCACGAGCGGCUCUUUACGAUCGCCUGCUCGAUCCUCAACUACCGGGAGAUGGGCAAGGGCAAGAGCAAGAAGAUCGCCAAGCGGUUGGCCGCCCACCGCAUGUGGAUGCGACUGCAGGAGACGCCCAUUGAUUCGGCCAAGAUCAGCGACAGCAUCUGCGGCGAGUUGGAGGGCGAACCCCGCAGUAGCGAAAGUUAUUAUGGUGAAUUGAAAGAUAUCUCUGUGCCGACACUGACCACGCAGCACAGUAACAAAGUAUCCCAGUUCCAUAAGACCCUCAAAAAUGCGACGGGCAAAAAACUGCUCAAGUUACAGAAGACUUGCCUAAAGAGCUCCAAAAUCGACUAUAUUAAGCUGCUGGGCGAGAUUGCGACCGAGAAUCAGUUCGAGGUGACCUACGUGGACAUCGAGGAGAAGACCUUCUCUGGCCAAUUUCAGUGUCUGGUUCAGCUCUCCACGCUGCCUGUGGGUGUUUGCCAUGGGAAUGGACCGACGGCUGCCGAUGCCCAGCGCCAUGCCGCCCAGAACGCUCUUGAGUAUUUGAAGAUCAUGACCAAAAAAUAGGGGCAGCCAACUGCAUAGCAAAAUCUGAACGCACACCACGGACCACGAAGAUUCGGCGGAAGCAAUUGAGGACUCUCGAUAGCUUCCUUUCCGGGGAUGCACCUAGCACCAUUUUUGGCUCAUGGCGAUAUUAUGUUUAGUUUGUUUUCCAUUCACCGAUUCCUUUGAUUAGACAGUUGACUUUUUUCACUAUAUAUGUAAAUGUUCAUAUAUACAUAACUAUACGUACACUUGCAUAUACAGACAAGUGUUUAAUCUAUAUUGGAAUCUUAAAGUCACUUUAAAAUGUAAAACUCCCAAAAACGAAACCCAAUGAAUCCAAUGAAACUAUCUAACUAGGCUUAAGGCAAAUUGCGUGGUAGGUCUGCGGAGUUAAUAAGGCUUAUGAAUAUAUGGUAAUUCGGUAUUCGCAA